AUGAACGUCCUGCUGUCGCCACAGCCGCCCUUCUUCCCGCACCCCCACGAUUCCACCCGACGCUCUCCAUCCCGAUCCACCGGACUCGUCGAGCCCCCUCCGCCUCGACCGGCGCCGCUCUGCCGCACAUCUCCACCAGCCUGCAGCGACCAGCACUUGUCCCCCUUCCACACCAAUACCAACAUGGCCACCAACCGCAAGCGAAAAGCCGAUGAUGACAUCGACGAGAUGUCCGUCUCCCCCGCCUCGUCUCCCGCCCUCCAGAACCGCCAGCUGUCCCGCCCGAUGAAGAAGAUCCGGGCCAACGACAUCGCCGGCCGCCCGCUGGCCCUUCCCCGACUGCUCGAGACCCUCGAUGCUGCGUCGUUACGCAGUGUGCUCCAACAGAUCUGCGAGCGCCAGCCCGAGAUUGGAGAGGAGGUUGUCAAGAGCGCACCCCGCCCAUCCGUUGCUGCCGCCUUUCACGUCCUGGGAGAGUACCAGCAGAAGCUGCGGGCCGCGUUUCCCUACGGAGAGACGAGUUCGGACUACGCAUACUACCGAGUCAAAGCCCCGCUCAUGAGCUUGCUCGAGGCCCUGGCCGACUUCACCCCCCAGUACCUCCCGCCCAACGAGGCCCAGGCCAACAUCUCGUUGCAGUACCUCGACGGGGCCACCAAGGUCAUCCACGAGCUGCCCGACUGGGACAGCACCAGCUACCGUCACCACAAGGAGAACGCCUACGACGAAAUCUCGAGAGCUUGGGCACUGGUCAUCAACGAGGCGGCAAAGAAGGGCGGUGGCUUCGUUCUGCAUUCCGGCGGUUGGGACCAGACCCUGAACAAGCAUCACCAGCAGUCUGGAGGACGGCUCGGCAGUGCCAUGAGCGCCAUGGCAUCAAACGUUGGAUGGGUCGGCGGUCCCCACGGCUCAGGUGCGUCGGGCACUCAGCCGCAACAGAGCUCCAUCCUGGACGAGCUCAUCUCGGGUACCUACGGCGCCCCCGUGCGGGUUGGCCCGUGGUAG